UCUUACUGAACAUUUGAGGAUCACCGGUGUACGGGGUACCGGAGAAACCUGAAGGUUUCUACUGAAUUCAAUAAGGAUACCCGAUUAUUUCUGAUUUCAGACAGUACCGACAGGAUUUACAAACAUGGUGGUGGUAGCAGCAGGGACCGGGGGGGCGCACAAGUUGCUCCUGAUAUCCGGAAAGCAGACCGGCUCUUCGAGCGGCUCACAGACAGGCUUUAGCCGGCCUAUCUCUGUCGUUUUACCGUCAGCGGCGAGCCAGGCGUCGUCAGAUUCAGACUCCAACUCCUCUGCAGGGCCGCCCAUUCGGAAAAGACAGAGACUCACACACUUGAGUCCGGAAGAGAAAGCACUUCGCAGGAAACUCAAGAACAGAGUUGCAGCCCAGACAGCAAGGGACAGGAAAAAGGCCAAAAUGGGGGAGCUGGAACAGCAAGUCCUGGAGUUGGAGCUGGAGAAUCAGAAACUUCACAUUGAAAACAGACUGCUUCGGGAAAAGACAAGCGGCCUAUUAACAGAAAAUGAGGAACUGAGACAGAGACUUGGGUUGGACACCCUUGACUCAAAGGAGAAGGUUCAGGGUCUGUUGUCCAACGGGAACGAAAUGGGUUUGGGGAUCGGGUCUUCUGAGCGCAGCACUCAGGCUAUGUGUGCCUCCGCAGCAGGUGCAGGCCCAGCAGUCCCUAAAUCUGAAGACUUCUCAAUGGAUACAGACAAUCCUGACACUACAGACACUGAGUCUGAUUUGCUCCUGGGCAUUCUGGACAUCCUUGACCCAGAGAUGUUCCUCAAGUCUUGUGAGCAGGAGUGCCAGGAGCCGCAGGUGCUGUUGGUCGGAGGGGGGAACCCAGUACCUCCCACCACACCUGCGCCUCUGGGGGCCCCACCAGUUAAGCUGGAGGCCCUUAAUGAACUGAUCCACUUUGACCACAUUUACACCAAGCCCGUGGAAGAGGUGUGCGGUGGGCUGUGCAGCGACUCAGAGAGCGACACAGAUGAGAAGAUUGACGAGGACGCCUACCCUGUGGCCGAGAUCAUCGUGGAGGAGGAGACGGUGUGCGUCAAAGACGAGCCGGAGGAAGUGGUCAUUCCCAGCUGUAACAACCACAGCGUGGUCGAUGACUUUUUCUCUGCAGCCCCCUCCUCUGCCAUCAGUGGCCUGGAUAAGGAGGCCUGCCUGGCAGACACAUACAGCGACUCUGGAUACGAAGGGUCCCCUUCCCCUUUUAGCAACAUGUCCUCUCCUUUGUGCUCUGAAAGCUCCUGGGAGGACAUGUUUGCUAAUGAACUCUUCCCCCAGCUUAUCAGUGUCUAAAUCCAUCCCCUAUAUCCAAUAACUUACAUAUAAUAUACACGUAAGAGCUAAUGUGUAGUGUUCAAUAACUACAGAGGCUUUAUAGUAAAAGGCCACCACUGAAGCCACUUGUACCAUAUGUAAAGCUAAAGUUAAACUAGUAAUCUCCUUUAUAUUACAGCAGGUCUGUACUAAUGGCAAUGCUGCAUUGACUUGUGGGAGAUGGAGUUUAAGACAGCUUCUACUGGCAUCAUUUAAUUACAACAGGAUUUAAGAUUGAUUGCAAAUCUUUCACCGUUGUUCAAAAUGAAAUUUGGUGGAAUCCAGUAUUUCUGUAAAUUAAUGAGGGGGUUGGGGACCGAUCAUAUAAGUGACUUUUUAUUUAUUUGUUUAUUCUGCUUUGGAGUCGUCGUAUGUCGUCAUGUAAAAAGGCUUUCUUCUAAUUUGUUGCUCGCUCUCUAUGUAGUCUAAUUACUGCAUUAAAAAACUUUUGCAUUGCA